AUGGAUACUCCUGUUAACGCUAUGGAUGGAAUUGAAUUAGUUUUACGUACUGGUGUACUGGAGCAAGGCACCAGGGUAAUUGAAAUAUUUAAUCUGUUAAAUCCGAAUUAUGUACCACAGCACGAUCUAGUGCCUAUGCCACAAGUAAAAAUUCCGGCUCAAUCAAAUGUUGUAGCGCAAAUAUCUAAUCUUCGUGCAAAUCUCUCUAAACAACACGGCGAACAUUUUAUGGCUGAAAAUUCGCAGUUAGCUACUCAAUACAUUGCUGCAUUUGCUUCAAACGAGAACGGUUCUGCUGUUGAUCUUUUCAUCGUUUUAUUUACGAUAAACCCAUCAACAGUAGCAGCUGUUCUUGACAUUUAUGAAGUACUUGCGGCGGCUGUAGCUAAUUGCAAUCGUUCAGCUAUAAAAAUGGGUUCAAUCACAAGACCUGCACAUGCUGGACCAAACAUUACGAAUGAAGAUCUUUAUCCGUUGCUCACGUUGGACGCAAAACGGUGGAUAUCGACAGACUCUCAAAAGGCUCUCGGUAUCUAUCAACGCAAAAGACGUACAGCAACGGUUUAG